AUGGGUAUCGAAUCGUUUUUACGACACAGACAUCCGGAGUCACUGUCUGAUGAUGCCCUCUUGAAGACAGUGGUUCAGUCAAGACAACUCAACCGAUUCAGUGUCAAGAGACAAUGGCUCGACGCAUACGACCUACAGAACAAAAACAGUAUACAACAGCUUCUUUCUGCUGCUGUUGCCUCUGCGUAUGUUAUUGUUGUCGUUGGUAGUGGUGGUGGUGUUGUUGGUGUUUCUGCUGCUGUGGUGACUGUUAUUGUUGAUUGCAUCUAA